AUGCCUCCAGCGAAAACCAAUGAGACCAAGCCUCGUCUGGGAAAGGACGAGGUCGACAUCCUCGAGCGAGAAUUUAGAGAAAAUCCAAAACCCACAACCAAGGUCAAGCAGAAGUUUGCACGGGAGAUGGGAGUCGAGUUGCCGCGGAUUAACAAUUGGUUCCAAAACAGACGAGCAAAGCGGAAGCAGGUGGACAAGCAGCAAGCAUAUGAAGCCGGGCAAGCGCAAGAAGCCUUGGGAAUGUCCGAUUCAGCCUCCUCCCCAGAUUUGUACAAUGUCACUGGAUUUUUCGAUGAGAUGCAACAGACAAGCCCAUAUCCUCCACCAUCGGGUCCCCCACCCGCAGCCGCAUCUUACAACCCGCAAUACUCUGAUCCCACUGGUGCCAGCAUGGAGUCGCUGCAACGAACAAUGGCUGCUGCCCAAGCGUCACAUCCAGAGUUUCAAAAUGGGUUUUUCGCUCCUGACGAUAUCAUGAACUUUCAAGGUUCAAUGGUCCACGAGUCGACAGAAGACCGAGCCCAGUUUCCUUUGCCAGAGCCAUUAGCCACACCAUACACUGAGACCUUCCCUGCAAAUUUCACCAGCAACAUUUAUAACUCACCCCAAUCGACAUCGGACCUCGGAUUUUCUUCUGAUGAUAUGGCCAAUCAGACACCAAUGCCUUAUGACCAUGCUCCAUCAUUCAACCCCGAGUCCAACGAGUCUCAAGCCACACCUUUUCCCUCGGAACUUAUUCAACAACAAUUCGACGGUUUACCUUCCCUUACUCACGAUUCCAGCGAAAGCCAGAGUCCGCAGGAAAGCAAUGAAUCACACAACAGUCUUGACUACACGCUCGAUAUUUUCGAGUCUGAAGAGGGUGAUGACAUUUCAUUAGCACCACCAGCUCCAUCGAUUCCCUUCAAAUCACCAGCGCCCAUGGACAUUGCAUCGCGUCGAAAGGUGCAGAAGCCCACGAAUUUAGUUUCGGGCAACUUCAGGAACCGACCUUCAAUGGGCCCGAGAACCGUAUCGCACGCAGAUGGCUUCCGUCGAGGUGUAGAAAGCCCGCUUGCAUCCCCAAUGCGUCGGAUCGCUUCAGCCGGUGGGAACCGACCUAGUGGUGGGAAUGUCAUUUCCGGACGUAUCUGCAAACCAGGAGUCGAAUCAGCUCAACGAUCACCAAUUGUUAUGGGUGGUUUUAUGGAUGAAGCGACUUUUGAACGUGUCAAGACUUUCCGAAGACCUGGAAUCCGCAAUCCUCCAUCUCUUACUGCGCUUUCAUCGCUCAAUAGCAGCCUCGCUCCACCAACUCCAAUGUCCCCAUCUGGAAGAGAGAUGGGUUUCAAACGUGAUGGUCCAGCGUCAACAGCUUCUCCUCAUGAGGGUAGCAUGAAUUCUUAUAUAUUUAACAGCAGUGCCAAUGGGUGCUUCACCGCCGUGGAGAGCGAUCAGAAUCUCACAUCGCCUCCAGUCACACCGCACAACCAGCUCGUCACUCCAGGAAGUGGAUGGCCAAACGCUACUGAUUUCCAAGACAGACAAUGGGCGUUUGAGGUUCCAGAUGAGCCACUGUACACACCUGCCAACGAGAACUUCCACCCAGAACUCCACAUGCCACAACCACAACCAUUGUACAUAAACAGCAUGAGCCAGCCCAUCUCCCCCGAAUUCGCUCUCGCACAGCGAUUCAACACCACCGACAUCUACCAACAAGACACCGGUUCUCCACAGUUCAAACACGAGUCUCCCCAAUAUACCUUAUCUGCACAGAAUAAUACCGAGUAUUCUUUCCCUGACGCCCAGGGUCAAUAUCCUCACCUCCUUACUUCAGCCUCGGCGAUGGCGAAACAAAAAACGUUUCAAUUCUCGCAUACCACACAGGCGGAUUUCCCUAAGAAAUGA